UUAGACAUGAAAGAAUCCCAAGUGGUGGAUCUGCGGCAGAACAUCCAAACCCAGCAAUCUGAAACUUCCAAGGCCAAAUCAGAACUGAAAACCGCUUUGGAAAGCACUGAAAAGCUAAAGAAGGAUUUCAGCGCUGAGAAAACCGGAUGGGAUACUGAGAAGGCGGCUCUGCUAAAAAGAGCAGAAGAUGCUGAGGCUACUCUUAAACCGGUGAUUGAUGAGUUGUCCGGCUUGAAGCAUCAAAUCAAUAGCAUGACAGACGCCAUCUUUGUCUCCAGAAUUUCCAACCUUGGCCCAGACAUGCGCGUGAAGCUUAAAGCUGCAUAUACCCGGUGGAGCAGUUAUACACUGGCGCUCAAUGAGCUAUAGCCGCCAUGUUCCAUACUAAACAGUCUCCGUCACUUAUAGAAACACUUGACAAGCUGUCAGUCAUACCCCAAAGGGUGGAAGAAAUCAAGCGGUCAGCCGCCAGAGCUGGUGCCAUCACCGCCCUUAGCCGGGCCAAAGCAUGGCAGGCAGAACUUGACCCGGAGGAAUUGGCCACUGGCUGCCCCAGCUUAAAAGAAGACGGGUCUCCCUUUAGGUCAGAUGACUUCACCAAAAUUGUAAGGGAGAUGUGUCCUUUGGCAAGCAAGCUGGCGGAGGAAACUGAUCUUGCCAAGUAUCAGGCGGCUUAUACUAUUGAGAAUGCAAAAGUGAAGGCGCCGGUUUAUCCAGUCAUGGAUCUUAUUCCACCAACACGUAAGCACACCUUUGCCCCUGAUAUUGAUGCAUCUACGCUCAUAGAUGAUGAGGCUAUAUUCAAAGCCGUAACUAGCGUCAAUUGGACAUCACUUGAUUUCCAGCCAGUGGAGGAAGAAGAAGAACCGGCGCUGGAUAACCCGGAAGCUUCAACUCAUCAAGACCAGGGCCACUGAACCACAAGGCGUCUCUCAGACUGCCAGAUAUAAUUUGUACGCAGAGAAAACACUUAUUCUUUUGGGCCGCACGAGGCCUUGUAAUAGGCUAGCUGAAAACAAUGAUCUGCCAUGCCAUCGUGCAUGUUCAUCUACAUAACACUUUAAACCGCCAAUCUAAUGUUGGAGGAUCUGCUGUUUAUGCUUAUAACAGUAUCAAGCAUGUAUGUCACGUUAUCAUAUUCCCCGCACAUCAGUAGAAAAUUUGUGCCCUGGCGGUUUACCCCAGGGAGGGUCAUGAUGUCCCAUAUAAAAUUUGCUGGUGACUGUAUAGUCCAUAACCAGGGCGGGUUAUCAAAACCUCGCAUAUUCAUAUAACAAGUAAAUAACAUACCUAUGAGAUUUGUUCAUACUGCCAGCUUACAGUGCCAUAUGCAGCAAGGGUAACAACCCAAACACUUAGAGCGCAAAACUCCAAGUACACAAUCAAAGCAUACUGGCGACUUAUCGUCCAAAGCCAGGCCGGGUUAUCAAAACCCCAGAUAUGCUCAAAUAUGAGUCAUAAGGAUUAAGGCUACAUAGCCUGAAUUAUUUUAAACCAUAUAUCAAUAUGGUACAAGGAUAUGAACCAAAACAAUGUUCAUAGAAAAUAACAAAUCAGAAAAACAAGGCUUUCAUAGGUUGCCAAGCCUCAAUAUCAAGUGCUAUUCAUGGGAUGCACAACCACUAAGUUAAUCCUUCAUUCAAACCUGUA